AUGCCUAGUUUCGAACAACCCAAGCAAGAUAUCGCCAUCACUGCUCCUUCACGCUAUCAUGGUGACCUCCCAUAUCACGCCGACAACGUCGAGCGUAUCAUUCUUGGCAUACUUGCCCUGUACGACAAGCUACGGAAUCUGCCCACCUUAGAGCCGCUUCCUGAGAACGUGCCAAUCUUCAAUCAGCUCUUUGAUCUAGUCACCACCACGAAGACUACAGCGGAGGAGAGCGAGAGAAUCUUGAACGACUCACGUGUUGCAAGUGUACUCUUGCAUAUGAGGGAGAUAUGGGGAGUUGCAGAGUACUGUCUAGAGCGGGACUUUGCUCAGUCAAUCGUUUGCAAGAACUCGCCUGAAACAUGUCAGUCCGCCCACUCCUGCUGAAUGGAAGACUGGUGAGCUUCCUCUGAAACUAACAUGCAGUGCAGGCUUGCAGAGGUACAAUUCCUUUCCAUACCUGGAUCAAUAUCGCCAACUAGCUCGUAUGGAAAGCAACACCAUCGACACAGCUCUUGGUGAGCUGGGCCUCCCUCCCGUCAAGCGGAUGGCCUGCCUUGGCUCUGGACCUACGCCAUUCACAGCUCUCUGCUUCCGAGAGCGAUACCCAGACUCCGUCCAAUUCCUAAACAUCGACCGCGAUCCUGAAGCUAUCCAUCUGGGCUCCGAAAUCGUUCGAACGUGCAAGUUUUCGAACGUGAAUUUCCUCCAGGAAGACGUCGCUCUGCUGAAGAAAAUGACUCAAUUCGAUGUCGUUCACAUCGCAGCAUUGAUCGGCAACAGCGCAGAAGAGAAGACUGAGUUGUUGCUAAAAGUUGCACAAUGCAUGAAGCCGGGUGCUUUGAUCCUGGUCAGGAGUACCGAUUCUUUGAGAACUGUACUCUAUCCCCGCUUCGAGGUGGAUGACAAGAGAGUGCUCGAUGUGGUUACGCCGGUUGUAGCAACAAGAUACUAUGGCAACGCGACUUCGCUUACUGCCAUUGUAGUCCGUGUUGACGAGAGAAAGGAGAUGACGUCGAAUGGCAUGCAUUGA